CAUGAUAUCGCCGGUCAAUUCGAAGUGUCCACGAGACCGCAGAGAGUCCGCUUGUGCUGAAAUCGAGUCCGAGCGGCAGCUUUGCGAGCAGGUCACCAGUCGGUUUGAACUCGACUGUAAAUUCACCUUUGUGAACCAGGUCUUUGGUCGCGCGAUACUUCAGAUUGAUCAUCUUCUGCGCCUCGCUGAGGCCGUUGCGUUGGAGGCGCUUUAUUGCAGACUGGCUGUCCAUGAGAAGUUACAGCGAAGGCCCCUCCUGCAACAACUCGUUCACAAUCACUUGCACAAUCAGCGCUUCUUCGACACCAGAGUCCGCGGUCAUAUACCCUGCAGCAGUGCUCGACUUGGCUACUACGGUCUGCUUCUUGCUGAACCACGCGACCGGGCAUCCAAACAGUUAGACUACGCAGCCUGAUACGCUUUUCCAAUCAGUGCGAUCGUGCGCACAUUCCGAAAUACUCCACGAUCACAAAAAAAAAAACACGAACUACCACGAGACCUGCGACUGAAGCAUAGAUAUCAAUGAAGGGAAGGAGCCACUCUUGCGUAUCGCCACGGGCGACAAAUCUUGCCUUGAAUCGCUCAACCUUUCCGUCCGUCCCGGUUUUCAAGCGAAACGGCAGGGUGUGGUCGAGAACGCGGACGCCUGUUGAAGGUGUAACCCACUUGAACGUCCCGUUUUCGAACAACGACAUCACUUCAGCGUCGAUGGCAAUCUCCCAUUGCUUCCAGUAUGGUGAGUGGUUUGCUUCUGGGAGAUUUAGCGGUUCUUUGAUGGCUUCACCAAAAACUCAUGCAUCUGCGCUUGAGUUACUGUGCAUCGCGCAAUCUGCUACGAGAGCCGAACUGCUGCUAACUCCGACAGAAAUGCGCCUUCGCAGUCGUCCUGGAUCUGGUGUUGCUUGUCCACUUCGUCAUUUAAAUCCACGUCUUCAAGGUCAUCGUCUCCUCCCGCCGAGGGGUCGACUUCAAAGAGCAUUCUGUCUAUCAUGUUGACGUCUCUGGAAGUGAAUAUCGACCGGUUUGAGCACUUCGUAUAGCCAUAGAAUCCUUUAAUUUCUCCUGCACACCCGGUGAAGCUCCCAAUUGUCCUCUAGUAUCGGGAAAACGUCUCCUCUUGCGCGGACGCUGACCAGGCACUCUAGCGACGACUGCUUGUCCAAAGAUUGGUAGAUGUCCUACGUCGGGGCGCUGUCCGAAGAUAGAUUCGUAUUGAGUAAUGUUUGCACCGCGGCGAGAGAUCCUGUUCCGUAUGUACGUAGCAUGCUGCAAGGUGUAUUCCACAACUUCUGGGGCAAACCAGAGCCCACCAACAUCGUCACUACAGUCUCAGUUACUGUGCGAAUACUUCGCUCAGCGACACCGUUUUGAAACGAGGUGUAGGAGUCGUGUGCUGCGACAAGAUGCCUUGAGUUCGGGCAAGCUUCCUGAAAUCCUUGUUAAUGAAUUCAAAUCUACCGUU